AAAAAACAGCAGCGGCGUUAGAGGAGCGUAAAUAGAGAGAGAAGGCUCAAGAUGGCGGCCUCGCUGGGCUCCGAAUGCCUCACCGAAGCUGCUGCUGCGACUGCGGUAGACCCAGCGCUCGCCUCGGCCAAAAACAAACUCCCGAAGCCGAGCGAGGCGAGAGGAACCGCGGGCACCCUCUCUCCGACGAGCCCGGACCCGAACCAGCAGCCACCACCCAAGAAGAUCCGAGUGGAGGAGCGCAGCGUAAAACCUAAGAAACUCGGAGGCGAAGGCAGCGGCAAAGACAAACUCAAGCAGCCGAAUUCGUGGAGCUACAGCCCGGCCAAAGCGAGCAGCAACAACUCGGUGCCUGCCUCCGGAGGACCGCACUCCCAGCCGCCGAGCAAUGCGCAUAAACUCCUCAAACAGAGCGAUUUCUACCUACACAAAACGCCUUUAACGACCAAACCGAAUAAGAAACCCGCGAUUAAAGACAAAUGCAAGCUUAAGGACGGCGAGGAGGAGCGCAAGAAGAAACAUAAACUCCUACUAAGUGCUUCUGCGAGUGGAAAUAACAUCAGCAACAAUAACAACAACGAUAUAACGAGGUUUAACAAUGUUGCAGCAGCAGCGAAGCGAGAAAACGGUGAUGUCGCGCUGUCAUCCAAAGAUCACUCCGCCAAUGACAAGACUAAAGACCGAGAGCGGGAGGAGCGAGAGAAGAAGAAGGUCAAAGAGAAAGAGCGAGAGAAGAAACACAACAAACUGAUGAACGAGAUAAAGAGAGAGAACGGAGAGGUCAAACAGCCCAAAGAUGAGAAAGACAAGGCCAGACUGGAGGAGGACGAACUCCAGAUGAAGAAAGUGAAAAAGAAAAAGAAGAAAAAACACAGAGAAGAAGAGAGGCACAGACGCGUUAAAAUGCUCCAUCGCUCCAGUCAAACCUCCUGCUCCGGUCUAACCUCUCUGUCCCCCAAAAACCUCUCCUCGCUCUCCUCCACUUCUCAUCCCGCGCUCCUCUCCUCCCUCUCCCCCUUCAAAUCCCCCCCUCCCGUCCUCUCCCCCGUCGACAAACCCGCAACCGACCCGGCGAAGGAAAUCUGCAACUCCGUACACGAUCCGGAGACCCCCCGCGCCGCGCCGAUCAAAGCCCAGCGUCAGAGCUCGUAUCCUGGGUUGGCGGGGUUGGAGUUCGCCCCGUACAUCCAUGUAGAGACCCAGCCUAACGGGGGCGCCCUGGUGGUCCACGCCUACACCUCCCAGCUCUCCUGUCUCUCCUCGGGGCAGAGGCAAAGGUUCGCCGAUGAGUUUGUGACGUUGGCCUUCAGUGAGGACUCUACACAGGCGGCUCAUUACGUCAUGGCCAUCGUUCACGGAGAGGCCGCUUAUCUUCCAGACUUUUUGGAAUAUUUCUCCUCCAAGUUUCCGUCGGCUCCGGUCAAAAUGGAAAUCCUCGGAAAGAAGGACAUCGAGACCACGACCAUGUCCAACUUCUACUCCCAGGUGAAGCGCUCGUACAGUCACGGCACGUACAGAGCGGGGCCCAUGAGGCAGAUCAGUUUGGUGGGAGCCGUGGACGAGGUCGGCAGCUAUUUCCCAGAAUUCCUCGGGCUCCUGGAGGAAUCUCUCUUCCUGAAGAGGACUCUGCCCUGGGGCUCGUUCUCCAGCCUGAGCUCCAUGGAGCCCAAAGACUCAGACGACGGUCCCAUUCUGUGGGUGAGGCCUGGAGAGCAGAUGAUCCCCCUGGCCGACAUCCCCAAGUCUCCCUUCAAGAGGAAACGCUCUACAAACGAAGUGAAGAACCUGCUGCAGUCCAUGCCCAGGACCAGUGAGCCUCGGGAGAUGCUGUUCGAGGACAGGACCAGAGCCCACGCCGACCACAUCGGGCAGGGCUUUGAACGCAAGACCACCGCCGCCGUGGGGGUCCUGAAGGCCGUGCGCUGUGGGGACGGCUCGGAGCCGUCUCGAGUGACCAAAGACGUGAUCUGUUUCCACGCUGCGGAUUUCCCCUAUGUGGUGAAGAGGCUGCAGCUGGACCUGUACGAGCCGCCUCUCUCACAGUGCGUUCAGUGGGUGGACGACGCCAAACUGAACCAGCUGCGCCGCGAGGGCAUCCGGUACGCCAGAAUCCGCCUUUGCCACAACGACAUUUACUUCAUCCCCCGAAACGUGGUCCACCAGUUCAAAACCGUCUCCGCCGUGUGUAGCCUGGCGUGGCACGUGCGCCUACAGCAAUACCACCCCGAGCAAAAACCCGAGCAGUCCGAAACCAGCGAGGAGACUGAAACUGAGGAGGACGAGGAGGAGGAAAAGGUGAAGACGAAAAUCGAGGAGGUAGCUGUGGAGAUUAAGGAACCAAAACAGGAAGCGGAGAAGGAACGGAAGGUAGUAAAGGAGCGAAUCAAGAAGGAGGAGACGGAAGAGGUAGGGCAUAGGACUUUACCGAGCGUUAAGGUUAAACAAGAGGAGGCAGUUCUUCCAAAAAGUCCACCCGCUGCGUCUGUGGAACCGAGCAAAACGAAAGAGGAAAAAGACAGGACUAAAAUCAAGGAAUCGUCGAAAAGCAAAAACGAUUCACCGGUUGUAAAGGUGAAAUCGGAGCAGGUUGCAGCUACGAAGUCUGUCACUCCAACUCCUCUCUCUCCACGACCAAAAGCGUCAGCAGCAAAGCACUCCGAAUCGAAAACAACGAUGUCUUCCAAAAGUUUGACGCAUGAAACAACGAAUCGCGCGAAAUCGCCGAUCUCUUCGCCUUCUCCAAAGUCUUCCUCAUCGCAGCUACUUUCAACUCCAACAAAAUCGACUCCGGUUUCGUGUCCUACCACUUCGGCAGCAGCUUCUCAGCCUUCCUCAAACGUUGGAGCGUCGUCGGCCGCCAGUCAGACUUCUUCGAAAACCGCAACGGAUUCAGCGCGGACAACGCAGCCUCGUCCUCCUCCCUCUUCUCCAUCUCCGUCUUCGGUUAGUUCGUCUUCCCAGCCCCCGAAGGACGCUAAAGACGGUAAAGACUCUAGGACGUUUCUGGAGACGAGAAUCCCGCGGAUUUCGCAAGAGAGGAGCAAGUCGACGGACGAGAACGCGACGCAAAAAUACGCGCCAAGCAUUUCGGAAACGCGCGGGAAUUUGAUAUCGGAAAAUCGGAUGCUUCCAUUGCCAGACGUAAGGACGCAUUCGGACAAGUGGUCGCCAAGGACAGAGCAGCAUUCGGUGACCCCCGCCAGACCCCUCUCGUCCCGGGUUGUACCUGCAGCAAUACGCCCCCCAGCACAUCCACAACCACCCGCCUCCUCCUCUUCCUCCUCCGCAAAAUCACCCGCCCCCGCCCAUCCCGCCCAUGAUGCCCCCGUCGUACUCGCACCUCAUGCACCGACCCCCGCCGAUGUACCCGCCCGCUUCCGUCCCGCCCCCUCUCCAGCCUCCCCCGCAACCUCUGAACCCGUACCUCGGCCAGAACCACCACCUGGGCCACCUGCAAGCGAGCUCGCCGUCCCAGUACUACCCGCCGCUGAUGCCCCCGUCGCACAACGCAACCCCGCCCCCGCCGCUGCCCCCCCCCUCCCCCGCCGCCGCCGCCGCACCUGA